AUGGACUGCCCAGCCGUUGACAUCCACCAGGCGCUUUUGGAGGUGACCCAGCGCGCCGAAAACGCCCCCUUGGAGGACCGCCUCGGCAUCCUGCACCAAGACGGUGCCGUCGCUCUGAACGCCGCAAAGGCCAUGUACUGCCAGCAGGCCUCAAUCCUCGAAGACAACGAACGUUCCCUCGACACCGCUCUUGUGUGCACCACCGUUCCCGACCUCAUGUUCCAAGUCCCCACCCUUGCGUGUCUGGAGGAGCGUUCCCAGGACCUCCAGAACCAGCGGCAACAAAACAACCACAACAAGAACCUUGCAACCGAGUACCUCUCCAACAUCAAGCCUUUCGAACUGGUCAUUGCUGCAGAGGAGAAGGCGCUUGUGCAGCUAAUCAAGUCCCGCGAUGCCGUCCUCCAGCCCCCAACCGACGUCGCAUCCCACAAUUCGGCCACUCCUGUCGCGCGUCGCACCCGCCGCUCUCUUCUUCAACUGCAAACCGGCCUGGAUGAAGCCAAUGCCAAAGUCGACGACAAGACCAUGUAUGUCGCCUACAUCCAAGAGAGGUACCUCUUCGACACCCGCUAUGGUGUCGUGGUUGCAGAGUGCGCGACCGAUCGUAACAGCAUCAUCGAUCGGAUGAUGAUCAAGAUUGAGAAGCUUCGCUCCUGGCACCUCGCCACCCCAUAA